AUGAAAAUCACAAAGAAGAAACGAAAUAAAGAGGAAGAUCAUGAGUAUGAACCUUGUUGGGAUCUUCGCAGAGGAAGCAAUAAGGAAGAAGAAGAAAAAGCAAAGACCGAUAGCAGAUUUAGACAAUAUGGAUUGUGGGAAAGAUAUAUUGAUCUAUACCCUAAGAAUGAUCUCAUAUAUACCGUUGGUGUUAGUAAUUAUGCUAAAGAUUGGUUCUUCGCCCAUGUUAACAGUGAGUGGUACUUAAAUACAGAGUAUCGAAAUGGAGAGCCAUGGAAGAAAGUUUUUGGCCCUGUUUACGUCUAUCUUAAUUCUAUUCCGCCUUCUGAAAAUCCCAAAGCCCUUUGGGAAGAUGCUAAAAGACAAAUGUCAACUGAAGUUAAAAGCUGGCCAUAUAAUUUUCCUCGAUCUGAAGAUUUCCCUUCUUCUGAUCAACGGGGAAAUGUCGUAGGUCAAUUAGUAGUUCGUGACCCAUACAUCAAUGAAAAAUUGAUUGAUGCAAGUUUAGCUUAUGUGGGAUUGGCAGCACCAGGUGCUGUGGGCUCAUGGCAAACAAAAGUAAAGGGUUACCAAUUUUGGACUCAAGCUGACAAGAAAGGAAGUUUCUCAAUUAAAAAUAUCAGAGCUGGGAAAUAUAGUUUAUAUGCAUUUGUUCCUGGUUUUCUUGGAGAUUACAAGUAUAAUGUUGAUGUCAUUAUUCAACCAGGAUCUGAGAUCAAAUUGGGUGUACUUACAUAUGAUCCUCCAAGAAAUGGUACAACUCUUUGGGAAAUUGGCAUUCCUGAUCGUACUGCUUCUGAAUUCUAUGUACCAGACGCAAACCCAACACUCGUCAACAAAUUGUAUAUUGAUAGCCCAGCAAACAAAUUUAGACAAUAUGGAUUGUGGGAAAGAUAUACUGAUCUAUACCCUAAGAAUGAUCUCAUAUAUACCGUUGGUGUUAGUAAUUAUGCUAAAGAUUGGUUCUUCGCCCAUGUUAACAGAAAAGUUGGAAAUACGGCAUAUAAGGCAACUACAUGGCAGAUCAUAUUUGAACUUAAAAGUGUAAUGCAAAGUGGAAGUUACACUUUGCAAAUAGCCUUGGCAUCAGCUACUAAUUCUGAACUUCAGGUGAGGUUCAACAAUGCCAAUGUCAAACGACCUCUUUUCACAACAAGGCUAAUAGGCAAGGAUAAUGCUAUUGCAAGAUACGGAAUUCAUGGUUUAUAUUGGUUCUAUAGCAUUCAAGUACCAGCUUCUCAACUUCUCCAAGGAAAGAAUACAAUUUAUCUUACUCAGACUAGAAAUGGAAGCCCUUUUAGUGGUAUUAUGUAUGAUUAUAUUCGUUUAGAAGCACCGACAAAAGUUUAA